AUAAUUUUUUCGUUUUCACUAUAGGCAGCUGUAGCUGUAUUUUAUGAAUAGGACUGUGGGUUAUUAAGCUACAAAAGAAUAUUAAUGCCAAUGAUUUGCUUAUAACGGUCACUUGGUUAUAGCGUCGUCAUGAUGACGCAGCUGGUGGAUCACGUGAUUGAAUCUCUUUCUUUAUCGGAUGAUCAUCUCAUGAGGUUAUCCUCCAAGAUGUCGCAGGAGCUUGUGAGAGGUCUUCACCAAUCCACGAAUGACGAAGCCGAGAUUAAGAUGUUGCCUUCGUUCGUUACAAGUACCCCUGAUGGAUCAGAAAACGGUGAAUUCCUGGCAUUGGAUCUCGGGGGAACAAACUUUAGGAUUAUCUUGGUCAAGAUCCAAUCUGGAGAUUCCCCUAAAAUACAAAUGGACAACCAAGUUUAUGCAAUUUCAAAUGAGCUUAUGACUGGGACAGGCACCCAGUUGUUCGACCAUAUGGUUAACUGUCUGUGGGACUUCUUGGUUGAAAGGGACAUGAUGUGUCAACUGCUUCCAAUCGGAUUCACUUUCUCUUUUCCAACUAAAAAUCUUGGAAUAAAACAGACAAUUUUAGUGAAUUGGUCGAAAGGUUUCACAGCCACAGGAGUUGUGGGAGAGGAUAUUGGUCAAUUACUUAACGAUGCGAUUAAUCGAAAGUUUAAAAUCAGAUGUUUGAACUUUGAGUUGAAAAUCAUGGCAACUGUUGUAAAUGAUACGGUUGGUACUUUGGUGUCUUGUGCAUUUGACCAUCAUGAUACUUGCAUGGGUCUUAUUGUAGGCACAGGCACCAACAUGUGUUACAUGGAAGCUCAAUCUAACAUUGAACUACUUAAUAAUCACAAGACGUUAGAAGGGGAAAUGUGCAUUAACACAGAGUGGGGGGCAUUUGGUGACAACAGUGGUGCCUUGGAUGAAAUCAAAACAAGUUACGAUAUCGAUAUUGAUAGGAAUUCGCCAAACGUGGGGCAACAUAUUUUUGAAAAGAUGAUUAGUGGAAUGUACAUGGGGGAGUUAGCACGUCUUAUUAUUGUUGACCUUUCUAAUAAAGGUCAUUUGUUCCAAUCCAUUGAUAGCAACAGUCUGUUUUACAAAUCAGGUUUUUCGACGGCGUUUGUGUCGCAGAUAUUACAACCCCACUUUACAAAUGAGAUGAUGCAGGAGUAUCUUCGUGGGUAUGGGGUGACUUGUAGUGAUGAAGACAUGACGAAACUGAGAAAGAUUUGCGAAUCCUUGUCUAUUAGAGCGGCGUCGUUAUGUGCAAUUGGUGUGAUUGCUGUUGCACGCAAGAUUAUCGAACACAGGGGACAGAGACAUCUAGUGGUAGGAGUGGAUGGUUCCGUAUAUCGAAAACACCCAACGUUCAAGUCUCUUUUGAUAAACACAACCCAUAGAUUGGCGCCGGAACUUAAUAUCGAUUUCCAACUUUCCACAGAUGGGAGUGGCAGGGGUGCGGCUCUUGUCGCGGCAGUAGAGAGCAGAAUACAACACAUUGUGACGCAAUAAUCAUAUUUCAAAUCAAUCAUAGCUGACUGGUUUUAUAUGCAAAUUAUUUCGCAAUGUUUUAAGUUCUUGUAUCGAGAUUUCAAAAUAUGCAAGCUUUUAAAUUUUAACAAAAUUUAUCAUUAAAAGUUUUUUUAUAUUUUUUGCGAUGUAUAUAUGUUAAAUUGGCAGGAGUUGUAGUUUGGGAAUGUCCAAAUAUAUUUCCUCAUCUGGUUGACACCUGUGUAGUGUAAAAAACUUAGCCACCAUAUUUAUACUUAACUAUAGGUCUAUAACCUUGCACUUACGUAGCCUUGUCCAUUAUGUUUAACUCUGGAAAUACAAAUUUUCUAA